GACUCCAGCAGCCCUUUUGGGGGUAGCACUACAUAAUUUUGGAAGCUGGUCAUUUUUUGUGUAUCUUAUAUUUAAAUCUGAAAGAAAGAUUGAAGAAAGGAUGGGAAAAAUUGAGGGGGGUACAGACAGAAAAUGUCCGGAGUUCCAUAAAAAAUUCUAAAAAUGACAUGCCUCAGUUGAACUGUGAUAUACAGGGAUCUCAAAAUUACGCACAUUAAAACUGAAAAUCCCUACCAAAGUAAAUUUGGCUUGAAUUAGUGUCAUGGUAGAAAAAAACACAGAGAUUAGAGGAAAAAAAUCUCAUUCAUGAUAUAUGUUAGAGUAACAAUCAUUUUAAAAAUUAAAUGCAGUUAAAAAUAGCAGAUUUUCUAUGUUGUGUGAAAGCAGUGUGGAAGCUAGAAUGGUACUACAGAAGAGUAUUGUUCUAACUGUGUCCUAUCAGUUUACUUUGUUAAUUUAUUAUUAAUUAUUCUGACUCUACCUGGACAAUGAAAAGGAGUUCGAAAAGGAAAAGGAUGAUUAGAAUAAUGCCAAUAGUUCCCUUUCAGUUAGAUAUAAUCAACUUUAGGACAAGGUAGAGUUUUCCCCCCUGUACUGAUUAACUUUUUAAUAUGGCUCUAUGGUUUGGAAAUUGCAAGAGUUUAUUUUAAAUGUAUAUGUAUAAUAUGUUUGCUGCUGCUACUAAAAGUUUUGUGAAGCAGGUUGGUGACGGAGGUAGAUUAGUUCCUGUCCGUAGCCUCAGUGAAGCUGAUAAAUAUCAACCUCUCAGUCUUGUUAUCAAAAAGAAAAACUGGUUUCUUUCUAAAAGGUCGAAAUUUACCUCAACACCAUUCAGCCUAAAAGACAUUCUUCAAGGAGAGAAAGAAAUUUCUGCAGGUAUUUCAUCCUAUCAAUUACUAAAUUAUGAAGACAAAUCUGAUGUAGCCCUUAAUGGCAAGCAAGGAAAUCACAUCAUGAACUCUUCUGGGGUCAGUACUGCUGGGUCAGAUUCCCUUGCAGUGAAGGCUUCUUUCGGUAUUGUAACUAAGCAUGAGGUUGAGGUACCAACGUUGCUCAGAGAAUUAACUAGUAGAAAAGUGGAUUUCCAACACUGCCUUGUUCGUCAGUCACGAGAGAGUAGUAGAACGGUUCUCUGUGUGGUAAUGGAGAGUAUUCGAACAACUCGACAGUGUUCUCUCUCUGUUCAUGCUGGUAUGAGAGGUGACACAAUGAGAUUUCAUAUUAUCGAUGAACAUAAUUACAAAGGAUGUGACAAAGCAAUUGUCUUUCCUGCACAUACAACAAUUGCAUUUAGCAUAUUUGAGCUUUAUAUUCGCCUGGAUGGUAAUUUUGAACUUUGUGUUGCUCCAGAAUCAAAAGGAGGAUUUGAAAAAGAACCAUCAAGAUCAUUUUCACUAACUAAAUUAAGGAAAAAUCUGUUUCAUCGAAAUAAAAGGGUGAUGGAUAUCAUUGUCCACUCUGAUAAUUAUUUAGAUGAUCUUUUUGCGGAUUAUUAUGAAAAAACAGCAAGCAUGACAGACAUUUCAACAAACUAUUUCCGAGAAGGAGCCCAUGUACGAGUGAAUUUGCUUAAUAACCACAUUCCUAAAGGUCGUUGUUCUUUAUGCGGUAUGGGGAGUUCCAGAAGGGAAACAGUUUAUGGUUGUCUUGAAUGUUCUUUUAAUGGACAAAAGUUUGUGAGACUUCAUGCCGUGCCUUGUUUUGAUCUCUGGCACAAAAGAAUGAAGUAGAUUUCUGAUAAAUGUUUAAGGGCUGGCUCCAAAGUUAAUUGUACUUUGUUCCCUGUAAAACCAAUGGAAUUAGCUAAGUCACAGCUAUCUUUUCAUCUUGAUUUCAGUGGAAUUUAAAUGCAACUAACUUAUUCUGGGUCCAAUUCUGUAUCUGAACUAGGUUUGAUUGUGCCAUCAAGCUCUAUGAAUUUUGACUGCAAACAUGUAAAAGACAGAACCACAAAGUCUCUUAUUUGCAUCUAUGUUUUUAAAAGUAAGUUUUCUAGUUAUAAAAAUAAAUAUCAGAAUAAUUUAAUAAAACUGCUUU